AUGUGUGACGUAGGAAAGUGGGACGUGUUUGCGACACUUCAUAGUAAGAUCGCGGCUACCCCGAUGCUAAAGCACUUUGACGCGGAUAGACAACCUGUGGUGAUUAUGUACGCGAGUGAUUGGGCCGUGUCAGCCGUCUUCACUCAAGAGCAUGAUGGAGUAUAUAUGCCCAUCAAGUUCACUAGCCAGACGUUGAAAUCCAACGAGCUGAACUACAACAUCACCGAGAAGGAGAUACUAGCGUUGUUGCGCGUCUUGAACGAGUGCCACAACACGUUGGUCGCCAUCCUCUCCCCCUGGCGAUUGGAAAUCCUCCGAUCGGCGAAAGGAGAGGAAGAAAUUCUGGGAGCGUUGGCUGCAAGCAUUACACCGAGGGCUCAUGUGGAUUCCACAUUGGAAGAUAUCGCACCUCGAAAACGCCCGUCUAAGACGGCCGCAUUCCCGGUCCCGAAAAUCGGACCGACCGAGAACCUCCACGUGAUCAACUUCGACGGAUCGUCCCACGUCAAAUGCGAGGGUGGGGCGUUCAGCGCAGCAGUCUGGCAACUGCCGAAUUUGGACGUGGUAAAAGCCGCGUCUGGAUACGCGGAAGGUCUUACGGUGAAUGAAGCCUAG